GUAACUACGUCAUUACGUAAAGUUCCUGCGCGCAGUACGUGGACGAGCCCGACAAGGUCGUUUUCUGUGGCGGCGUUUUAAAGAUGAUGUCGCUGGCUGCCCGGUCAGGGGCCUUCUCCCCGUACCUGCAGGCGACAGCCUUCACGGUGGCGGGGCCGCUAAAGGCGCUGGUCCCCGGGGUGGUUCUAAAAACGGAUAAGGUGCUGCUGGACACGAAGAAGCCGUUCCUGUGCCGCGAGUCGCUGCGCGGUCAAAGCCCGCUGACUGGGCCUGCGGUGACGGUUAGCAUCAACGGCAGGGCAGGAGUCCGGUUUGCUCACACAGACAUCAAGGUGCCAGACUUCUCUGACUACCGGCGCCCGGAGGUGCUAGACCCCCACAAGCCGUCGACGGAGAGCAGCGAGUCCAGGAGAGCCUUCUCGUACCUGCUGACCGGGGCCACAGCUGUGGUGAGCGUUUACGCUGCCAAGACGGUGGUCACUCAGUUUGUUUCCUCCAUGAGUGCCUCCGCUGACGUCCUGGCCAUGUCCAAAAUUGAAAUCAAGCUGAGCGACAUCCCAGAAGGCAAGAACAUGACCUUCAAGUGGCGCGGUAAGCCUCUGUUUGUGCGGCAUCGCACCGAGAAGGAGAUUUCAGCAGAAGAGGCCGUCAGCCUGGCAGAGCUGCGAGAUCCUCAGGAAGACAAGGACCGGGUCAUCAAGCCCAAGUGGGUCAUCGUCAUCGGCGUCUGCACGCACCUGGGCUGCGUGCCCAUCUCCAACGCGGGAGACUACGGAGGCUACUACUGUCCAUGUCACGGCUCGCACUACGACGCCUCGGGUCGCAUCAGGAAAGGUCCCGCCCCCCUCAACCUGGAGGUGCCCUACUAUGAGUUCCCAGAUGACGACACGGUGGUGGUUGGAUGAACAGGCUGCGGUGGAAAAGCCGCGCUCACGUGUGGAGGCAUUUAUGUUGACAGAAGGUUUUCGGUUUUGUCGGGUCUUCAUUCAGACGCCACAGCACAUCUACUAACGCUUGUUCUUCCUCUCUGGUCCCUUUAUGCUCGCGGUUCAGACACGCAGGCCUGCGGGAGCUGAUGUCUGUCGUACAUUUCAGCCUGAUAUGAAGAACAUUUAUGGUUCCACCUCCUCUUCUGAUAUGUGGAACAAGAGCCUCCUCAUCUUCAUAGUCUGUGUUCAGCUGUGGUGAAUAAAGAUUUCUAUUUUAUUUGACCUGAUCUCAAAGCUUCAUUUUUGUGUUUAUUUUUAUGUAAGUGGAGAGCGACCUGCAGACGGCUGCCCCUCUCAGUUAUUUAAAACAUAAGAGCAUCACGAUCUGCUAACAUCCACACAACAAAGAUGAUUAUUUUCCUGGAUUUUUCUUGUGUUCCUCAGUUUUUGUUCAUCUUCAUAGCAGCAGUUGUGUUUUCUGGGGGUUUGAUCUGCAGAAGCGGGACGACACCAGUCAGGCCUGUGGGGUUGGGGGGAACGACUGCACAAGGAAAAGUAUGGAAUCAGCAUAAGCAAGGGUUUGACCUGUGACCUUUGUGACAGUUUAGACUCCUACCAUCUUGUUAAAAUAAUCAGGAAUGUCAAAAAUGUCAAGUGACAGGAAGUUCACUGUAUACAUUUCUGCCAAAUGAAUGCUUUAAAUGUUUGAAUAAAACCAAUGCCUGAAGUCUUGAAA